AUGUGGGAUCGAAAGGGAUACCGUGCAGAUAUCUGGAGCAACUUCGAUCAGGUUGCGCAUUAUAUUUCUGGGCAACUAAAGGUGAUGUUCAAGCACUGUAGGGAGAUUUUGAAUCAUCCGGACUCUAUCAUUCCUUCUACAUCUGGGAAACAAGGAACAAUUGCUCUUCGGCGGCAUCUUACACGAGCAACCUGUAAGAGAAGGGAAAACGAUCAAGCAAAUACCGCUCCAGAACUUUUUAAUGAGGCUCGUGGGGAACACCAAAUAGUCGCCUCAAUCACAAACCUACGACUUCCUUUUGCGACUAUCGAGCAUCCUGAAUUCCUAAUUCUUAUACAGAUAGCUCAACAAGCACCUUCAACCCUAAUUCUUCUAUCUCGAAGAACCAUGCAACGCCGAAUUCUGUCAAAAGCUCAAGACCUGCAGAAAGAGAUACUUCAGAAGCUUCCACCAAAGGCUUUUAUGGCAGUCUCUGGAUAUUUUAUUAACACUGAGUGGGAGUAUCGAGAGUUACUCGAGAAGGGCGGGAUUAAAGAGCGAGUAUUAGCGGGUACGACCGAUAAUGCGUCGAAUAACUCGACUCUUAUCUCAACCCUCAAGGAUUCUAUCCUUUCUCCUGGUCUAGGCUCUAAUAUUAUUAUUAUCCGAAUUCCACACCUCGCUCCUCUCCUUGAUCAGAUGAAGGCAAAUACCAUAAAUGAGAAUAUCGACUUCGUUUUAUCUGAAAAACGCGCAAGAAUAGCUGGCCAAACAAUGAGUGAAUAUAGUAUGACAAAUACGCUAAAAAAUAUCCAAAACCUCGCUAUCUUCAUUAAUGCAAGUCCUAUACGUCGCGAUUGCUUCCAAAACCUUCAGAAAAAAGCGCCUCGCUUAGUAUCAAUCCAAGACGUUAGGACACACUGGGAUUCAGCAAUCUUAAUGCUCCGCCGAGCUAGGAAACUACAUAUUUUCUUUGAAAAAAAGAGGAUUAGGAGGGAAAAACAGAUCCCUGAGGCUCUAAGAUCAGCUGAAAGCAAGCUGAAGGAUAUAAGCUUGAGUUUUGUUCAAGGCCCUGAUUGGCAAGAUGAAGAAAAGGACCAUGCCGCUCAAUGGAAGAAAGGUCUUGAGGAUCAGAUGAAGGAGUAUCAGGAGAAGCUCUACGAAUCUAUUUCACAAACCGAAGGUCUACAACACGCAAAGCCUGUGACGCAUGGGCACAUGGAUGCUGGCUGA